GGUGUAAACCUUAAGGUGUUAGCAAUAACUAAUAUCAAAAAAUACAAAUAUAGUAAAAAUUAAAAUGUUUAACAGAAUAAGUGCAAAUAUAUUGUUUUAAAUUGCUUAGAUUUUUUUUUUCAUAACAACUAUUUUUUGGUUUAAGAUUAUUAUUAUACAAAGAAACAAAAAUUAGUUAAUUCGCAGAACGAUGUUAUGAUUUCAAAGUCUUUGGGUGGACUGCCGACCAGUUUUACUGUUAAUUUGAUGAAGUACCAAAAACUGUUUAUAUUUUAUGUGCAUUGAGCCUAACAUGUCCUAUGGUGGAAGUGAAGGACAAGAAAGCGACAAAAAUGGUUUUUCUUAUAUGGAUGGCAUUCCGGUCAAGAUUAUUAAAAAAUACAAACCGCCAAAAAAGAUAGCACUACCUAGCGUGCUUCAACACAAACCAGUAUCUAAUGCUGUGAAAUGCAACUACGAUUUUGUAUUAGAAAAAACCAUAUUAGAAAAAAUGUCAAUAUGGAGUAAAUUGCGAGAAGAUGCUCAAACAAAGCGCCAUGCCAAAGCUGAAGAGUUUAAAAAAUUAGAUUCCUUUGAUAUGGAUAGAUUAUCACUAUUAGAUCCAGAACAAACUAAAAACACAGAAGUCUUGCAACCAAUUCCUGCUCAACUAAACUCAAAAAUGUCUUCACAUGACACAAUACUUUUAAAAAAUUUUAACAUAUCAGAUUUUGAAUCUGAUACAUCCAGUCCAUUUGAUAAUAUGGAAUUGAAAACUAUUAACGACUUAGAAGAAUUAGCUACUGUCUUAAAACCUAUUCCAACUACUUUUGUCAAUAAGACCAAUAGUUCUCAAUUACCAGAUGAAAACGCUUCGCAGUACUACUCAACACCCAUUUAUAAUAAUUGUUUAGAAAAUUAUCGGAGCUAUCAAUAUACACAUAGCACAUCUAGUUCACAAACAAAACAAUCAUUAACUCGAAUUCCUAAUUCAAAUAUAUGUGAUAAGGAAACAACAUUUGUACCUCCUGUUACUAUGCCAAACGUAUUGUUAGAACUCAAGGCUGAUUUGGACUCUAUAAAAUAUAAUAAGGAAUCAACAAAUGAUUUGCCAAAGUCACUAAAUUCCCCAUUGAAUGGUUCAGAAAAGUCAUCUACGUUUCCUAAUCCAUAUAGGUCUCUUUCACCAUCAAGUAAAUCUAUGGUAGAUCAAAUUAAUCAAAUGGGCUUUCCAUCAUCACGUGCAGCGAGAGCAUGCAAAUUAUUUGGAAAGGAUGAAUCCAAGGUUAUAGAGUUUCUUAUUCAGAUACAUUCCAUUGAAGAGUCUAGUGGUUAUCCAGCUGACAGAGUAGAACAAGCACUAGUUGUUAAUAAUUUCAAUAAAGAUGACGCUGUGGCGUUUCUAAAAAAUGUCGAUAGACUCAUUGACUUUGGGUUUCGUGAAGAAAAUAUAUGCAGUGCACUUGUCAAAUGCAAUAAUGAUCCUGACAAAGCACUUGACAGCCUUGUAUCUUAUUAGAGAUCGAUUAACUAUUAUCAAUGUCUACAAUCAAUUUAUUGUUUGAAAUGUAUUAUUUAUAACCAAAGCAGGUGCAAACAAUUCUUUGGGAUAUAUAUAUAUAUAUAUUACACACUCAAGUUAAGUACAUUUUAAAAAGGAAAACAUGUACGAUUGUGUAAUAAUUAUUAUUAUAUCAUUUUUCUUGGGAGAUAUUAUGUUAUGGUACAUUAUGUCAUCUAUCCUUAAUGUAAUUUGCAUGUCCAUUUUUUAUUAAAUGAAUAAUUUUAUAUAUACGUUUAUAGUUUAUACCACUAUAAGUAAUAUGAUACAGAAACACUAUCAUUUAAUUUUAUGUGUACCCAAAA